CCCAGUCAAAAGCGCCACUGCAAAGUGGAUGCAUUAUAAAAUUUCUUCUACCUUCUGGCGUGGUGUAGUACUAAUUAAAUAGCUUUCUUUGUUUUGGGAUCAAAAAAAUGCCUAGCGUGAAGCGGUUAGGGUCCAAAAUGCGGUAGUGACGACAAACCUCUACCGCUAGAAAAAGUUCAGCAGCUACAGCGGCAACAUCUGCUUCUCAUUUAUAGGAAAUCGGUAAAAUGUCUGCAAGUGCGAAAGGCGUCAUCUGUAUGUCGAGUCUUGAACUUCGGCCGGAACAUCGACUAUAUUCGCGUCUCAGUGAACUUCACGAUUUUUACUGCAGCCAGUUUGGAGAGGAACCGGAAUUUUAUGUUCGUAUGCCUGGACGCGUUAAUAUAAUCGGCGAGCAUGUGGACUACUGCGGUUACCCAGUCUUGCCUAUGGCCAUUGAUCAGUGCAUUCUGCUCGCAGUCGGCCAAAAUGCGGAAAAUACAUUUCUACAAAUACGAAACGUCGAAGCAACGUACUACGCGAACUUCAAAUGUGAUUUGAAUGCCUUAAGCAUUGACUUACCCGCAAAUGGCGGCCCAAAAUGGUACAAUUACUAUCUGUGUGGUGUUAAGGGCAUCUACGACCAAAUUCAACAGCUAAGCGAUGAUAAGCAGCCAUUCAACCCACUCGGCAUGACAAUCGCGCUUAGCGGCAACAUUCCACCAGCCUCGGGCUUGAGUAGCUCGAGCGCGCUAGUUAGUGCCGCUGCAUUGGCCACAGCACAUGUUCAUCAGCUGCCUUUGGAUCGCAGGCACUUGGCCGCCAUAUCGGCGCGCUGCGAACGCUACAUUGGCACACAGGGUGGAGGUAUGGAUCAGGCCAUCGCCUACCUGGCCAAGGCUGGCUGUGCGCAAUUCAUUGAAUUCCAUCCGGAGUUAAAUGCCACACCUGUACAAUUGCCAGCUGGCGUAUGCUUCAUUGUGGCGAACAGCCUAGCGGCGAAAAACAAAGCCGCUUCAUCGGAUUUCAAUGAACGUGUGGUGGAAUGUCGACUGGCUACGCGCAUUGUUGCAAAGCAUGCGAAGUGCAGCAACUGGCGCAGAAUGAUUCGCUUUGUGGAAUUGCAAGAGUCGUUACGUUGUACGCUCGCUGAGCUGGAAGAGCUGGUGCGGAAAUUGUUGCCAAAGGAUGUUUACUCGCGAAACGAGUUGUGCGCGGCCGAAUUGGAGGUCAACGAUGAGGAAUUCGAAAAGGAAUUUCUCACGGCCAAUACGCGGCAUAUGACACAAUUUAAACUACGUCAACGUGCGCUGCAUGUCGUACAGGAGUCCCUGCGUGUGGCGAAAUUUCGUGAAAUAUGCGCGCAAACAAACGGUGACGGCGACAGCUAUAUCGCGAAUAAGCACUCGCCUCCACACCUCCACAAUGGUGUUAACGGCGUCCAUGGCACAUCGAAUGGCAGCAGUGUCAGCGAACUCCAAGAAAAUGAUGAUGAUGGGGGCCUAACGAAUUCGACGAAACGCUUCACCGUGCUGUCACAAUUGAUGCGUCAAUCGCAUCAAAGUCUUAAGGAGCUGUACGAGUGUUCACACGUUGAUCUGGAUCGAUUGAUUGCCUUAUCCGAUGAGGCAGGUGUGGGCGCACGGCUCACCGGUGCUGGCUGGGGUGGCUGCAUUGUUGCUUGCUGUGAUUCAGUCGAAGCUUCGGCUAAAUACAUAAAAAUGUUAAAGGAAAAAUAUUUCACACUGCUGCCGCCACAUUUGCUGGAUCGUUACGGGGCUAACGACUUUAAUGAUGUUGUAUUCGCGACAUUUCCCGGCAAUGGCGCGGAAAUCUUCAAAUUUAAGUGCGUGUGAUUGUCAACUGCGCCGGAUUCUGUUGGGAAGAUGAAGCUGCCAAAAUCUUGCUGAAAUAUAUUAAAUAAAUAAAUAAAUAAUAACUUGUCUUUAUCAUAUAUCUACCAAAAAUUUGUAACACAAUGGACUUAUAGCAAAUAAAAAAAUUUAUUUAAAGGUAAUGGUAGCAGCUAUUAUUUACUACAAG